AUGGACACCAUUUUCAAAAUGCUUGGUGUUGAUAAUUGCGGCGCAAAGGAAGAGACACUGGUGGAUUUGAAUACUGAUUCGAUGAUUUCCACUGAGAUUUCUGAUGCUCCUGUUGAGAUGACGAGUUUAAUUGAUACCCCUAGGGUUAAAUCGAGUCUCAGUUAUGCUAAUGUGAUUGGUGAUGAUUCGUUAUCAAUGAAUGAAUUGAUGGUUGUGGAGAAUGGAUUAAACGAUGUUGUCACUAAACCUGCCUAUAAUUGUACUGAUUUGAACCAUAUUGAUGCCGGGUUAGUUACAAUUCUGAAUUUCCUCCGUAGUGCAAAUGCUUGUUGCCGGGUUACAUUUGAUCCGGGUGGAAAUUGGGAAUUCAAUUGCCAAGAUGGCAGUGCACCCGUGUCUUUCAAUGUUGAAGGUAGUCUGUAUGUGCAGUGUUCUUUCAUUAAGGGUAGUCGUCAAAGCUUUGGUGUAUUUGAUCCUGAUGGAAAUUAUGACAUUCAAUUGAAACUGUCUAUUGUAGAACCGGAUGAAUAUGGGAAGAAGUCCCUUUUGUCUAUGAAUCCCUAG